GUACCUUCUUAUUUAUCCCAGAACUUCAGUGCUCUGAAAUCUGAGGAUUCCACUAAAAUAAUAUGAUAAGAACUUUCACUGAUUUGAAGCCAUAUCCUGCUUAGACUAAUGUGGGUUUCCAGAUCUCCUGAGAGCUGAUAACAGUGGCACAGACUACUUGGUAAUCAGCAGUGGCAAUAAUGCCAUCUCUGCCUCAUGAAGGAGUUAUUCAGGGAACGUCUCACCUGGAUCUGGAUGCAGAAUUGCCUUAUCAAAGCACAAUGAAAAGGAAAGUCCGAAAGAAGAAGAAGGGGAGCAUUACAGCAAAUGUUGCUGGAACAAAGUUUGAAAUUGUUCGUUUAGUAAUAGAUGAAAUGGGAUUUUUGAAAACUCCAGAUGAGGAUGAAACAAGUAACCUUAUAUGGUGUGAUUCUGCGGUUCAACAGGAAAAGAUUUCAGAGCUGCAAAAUUACCAGAGAAUCAACCAUUUCCCAGGGAUGGGGGAGAUCUGUAGGAAGGAUUUCUUAGCAAGGAAUAUGACCAAAAUGAUAAAGUCUCGGCCUCUGGAUUAUACCUUUGUUCCUCGAACGUGGAUUUUCCCUGCUGAAUAUACUCAAUUUCAGAAUUAUGUGAAAGAAUUGAAGAAAAAACGGAAACAGAAAACUUUUAUAGUGAAACCAGCUAAUGGUGCAAUGGGUCAUGGGAUUUCUCUGAUAAGAAAUGGUGACAAACUUCCAUCUCAGGAUCAUUUGAUUGUCCAAGAAUAUAUUGAAAAGCCCUUCUUAAUGGAAGGUUAUAAGUUUGAUUUGCGAAUUUAUAUUCUGGUAACAUCUUGUGAUCCAUUAAAGAUAUUUCUGUACCAUGAUGGGCUUGUGCGAAUGGGAACAGAGAAGUACAUACCACCUAAUGAAUCCAAUUUGACCCAGUUAUACAUGCAUUUGACAAACUACUCUGUGAACAAGCAUAAUGAGCGUUUUGAACGUGAUGAAACUGAGAACAAAGGAAGCAAACGCUCCAUCAGAUGGUUUACAGAAUUUCUACAAGCUAAUCAACAUGACGUUGCUAAGUUUUGGAGUGAUAUUUCAGAAUUGGUGGUAAAGACUUUGAUUGUAGCAGAACCUCAUGUCCUGCAUGCGUAUCGAAUGUGCAGACCUGGUCAGCCUCCAGGAAGUGAAAGUGUCUGCUUUGAAGUUUUGGGAUUUGAUAUUUUGUUGGAUAGAAAACUAAAGCCAUGGCUUCUGGAGAUUAAUCGAGCUCCAAGUUUUGGAACUGAUCAGAAAAUAGAUUAUGAUGUGAAAAGGGGAGUGCUUUUAAAUGCACUGAAGCUACUAAAUAUCAGGACCAGUGAUAAAAGGAGAAACUUGGCAAAACAAAAAGCUGAGGCUCAAAAGAGACUUUAUGGUCAAAGUUCAAUAAAAAGACUCCUACCAGGUUCCUCAGACUGGGAACAGCAGAGGCAUCAAUUGGAGAGACGGAAAGAAGAGUUGAAAGAGAGACUCUCUCAAGUAAGAAAGCAAGUCUCAAAAGAAGAACAUGAAAAUCGGCAUAUGGGGAAUUAUAGACGAAUAUAUCCUCCUGAAGAUAAAACACUACUUGAAAAGUAUGAAAAUUUGUUGGCUGCUGCUUUUCAGACUUUCCUUUCAGGUAGAGCAGCUUCAUUCCAACGAGAAUUGAAUAAUCCUUUGAAAAAGAUGAAGGAGGAAGACAUUUUGGAUCUUCUGGAACAAUGUGAGAUUGAUGAUGAAAAGCUGAUGGGAAAAACUGCCAAGCCUCGAGGACCAAAGCCUCUGUCUUCCAUGCCUGAGAGCACCGAGGUAUUGAAAAAACACAAGUACUGCAGUAGUGACAGCAGUUAUGACAGUAGCAGGAGCUGUUCAGAAUCUGACGAGAAUGAAAAAGAAGACAACGGUCAAGACAAGAAAAGAGAAAAGCAAGUGACAUAUAAUUUAAAAAACUCCAACCACUACAAAUUUAUUCAACAAUCCAGCUCCAUGAGACGGUCAGUCAGCUGCCCUCGGUCCAUCUCUGCUCAGUCACCUUCCAUUGGGGAGACCCGCCCCUUUUCUGCUCAACAAAUGUUAACAGCAUCCCGGCCAACUUCAGGGUCCCGGUCACAUUCCCUAAACCGUGCUUCCUCUUACAUGAGACACCUAGCUCAAAGUAAUGAUGUCAGCUCUACCAACUCUCAGGUGAGUGAGUCCUUGCGGCAACUGAAAACAAAAGAACAAGAGGACGAUUUAACGAAUCAGACCUUAUCUGUUCUCAAGGACAUGAAGAUCCGAUUUCCAGGAAAAUCAGAGGCAGAAUCAGAACUAAUGAUAGAAGAUAUUGUUGAUAACUGGAAAUAUCAUAAAACGAAAGUGGCUUCAUAUUGGCUCAUAAAAUUGGAUUCUAUAAAACAACGAAAAGUUUUGGAUAUUGUAAGAACAAGUAUUCGUACAGUUCUUCCACGCAUUUGGAAGGUACCUGAUGUUGAUGAAUUAAAUUUAUACCGGAUUUUCAAUCGAGUUUUUAAUCGCUUACUAUGGAGUCAUGGCCAAGGACUAUGGAACUGUUUCUGUGAUUCAGGAUCCUCUUGGGAGAGUAUAUUCAGUAAAAGCCCGGAGGUGUUGUCUCCUUUGCAGCUCCAAUGUUGCCAGCGCCUGGUUGAGCUUUGCAAACAGUGCCUACUAGUGGUUUACAAAUAUGCAACUGAUACAAGAGGAUCACUCUCAGGCAUGGGUCCUGAUUGGGGUAACUCCAGGUAUUUACUACCAGGAAGUACACAAUUCUUCAUGAGAACACCAACUUACUACUGGAAAUACGGUUCACAUGGAAUGACCCGCUCCAAUGUUUUGUUUACACCCCGAUAUGGCCAUUUAUGAAAGAAAAAAGAAGAUCACCAUGGGUUAUGCAUAAUGGCAAUUAAUUUUCUUUUCUAAGUUACAUGUGUAAAGGAAGUGACCAUUAAGUGCUAUUUUAUGGAUAUCUGACAUAAAUAUGUGAAAAUAUAUACAUACAGGCACUCAAAUAGCAUAUAUAUUUAUUAUAAUAUAUGAAUGAAGAAUUAGCUGAAAACUCAAUAUAAGAUUUAACCUUUCUGGAAAUGUAAUAAACCAUGUUAAAAUUGUUUAC